AGUAGUUGAAGCUUUCCGCAGUACAUGACACUGCUGUAGAGCUGAUAGCAGCCACCAUCUGCACACAGAGUGCCGGCGUGCGCGGUGCAGGGGAGCACUGUGCCCUGCUGAAGGACAUACAUCCCUGUGCCCUGCUGCUCCUGGGUCAGUGCUGGCAGCCACGGGAGCUGCAGCUGAACAGAGCCGCACAGGGACUGUUUGAGUACAGAGUCGUGCACGUGCUGAAGGGGGUUGAUUCUGAUGGGACAGGUUCAUAUGUUUGCUCGCCAGCAGAGAACAGCUGCUCUUUGCACCGCGGAUGACUCUGCAAAGGCUGUGGGUGCACGUGGGGACUCUGUUCCUAUCGCGGUGUGAGUCUGCAAGCUGGCAUGUGGGAUUUGUGCCAACACCCUUUGGAGUGUGCCUUCACGUCGUGCCUGCCAUGUGAUUUGGGGAGAGCUGCCCCAUGCAGUCCAGGAGAAGUUUGGUGAUUUGCUGAGCACCAAAUUGGGCUUGCUGCUGUCAGCCCAGCAGCUCAGGUCGGCGUGUGUCUGACUCUCCUGUGCCUUCCUGUCGUAAACCAGUGGGCUUUGUUGCCUUUCUCUGGAUCGGUCGAUUCACAGAAGAUUUUUUUUUAAUAAUUACAUGUUGGAUGUGAGCCAUGUGACUAAUCUGGACUGCUACUGAACUCCUGAGGUCUCUGUGGCACUGGGGCACACGCAGCACUCAGGAUCGCACUGAGCGCUUGUGCCCUGCGCUCUUCUCCUUGAAGCCUCUGGUUGGGGGCAGAACCACAGAGCACCGCGAUGAAGCGGAGGAAGCAGAGGCUGGGAGCCCCGUCGCUGCGGAUCCAAAUCUCCUCUCCUUUGUACUCCCACUGCCGAGGAAGUGAUGUUCAUCAGCACACGUUCUCUCCUACAUCUGCUCCAGGUCUGCAGCACCUUAAAUUCCCAUUUAGUGCUGACUGUGCACUUGUCACUUCUCCUCUUGUAUUUUACCUGAACUCUCAAGCCCAGAGCAAUCCGUCUAGCCCAUGCUACAGCCAUCCAUUUCAGUGGAGCUGUCGGACAAGCAACAGAAAGAGUUUGAUUGUAACGUCCAGCACAUCCCCGACUCUCCCGCGGCCGCAUUCCCCCCUCCAUGGACAUGCAGGUGGCAGCCCUUUGGACAGCCCGAGAAACUUCUCUCCAAAUGCUCCUGCUCAUUUUUCCUUUGUUCCUGCCCGAAGCCAUGGACACAGAGCAGACAGAACGGAUGGACGCCGCUGGUCCUUGGCCUCCCUUCCCUCAUCAGGAUAUGGAACAAACACUCCCAGUUCAACAGUUUCAUCAUCAUGCUCAUCUCAGGAGAAGCUGCACCAGCUGCCCUUUCAGCCCACGGCAGACGAACUUCAUUUCCUGACAAAGCAUUUCAGUACUGAGAGCAUCACUGAUGAGGAAGGGCGUCACUCUCCAGCCCUGCGGCCUCGAUCACGCAGUCUCAGCCCGGGUCGCUCGCCAAUUUCCUUUGACAGUGAAAUAAUAAUGAUGAACCAUGUGUACAAAGAAAGGUUUCCAAAGGCCACAGCGCAGAUGGAAGAGCGGCUGGCGGAGUUUAUUGCUUCCAAUGCUCCAGAGAACGUGCUGCAAUUAGCAGAUGGGGUCCUAAGUUUCAUCCACCAUCAAGUUAUUGAGCUGGCUAGAGACUGCCUGGAUAAGUCACGUGAAGGUCUCAUUACUUCUCGCUAUUUCUAUGAGCUGCAGGAAAACUUGGAGAAACUUCUCCAGGAUGCCCACGAGCGAUCCGAGAGCUCCGAGGUUGCCUUUGUUACCCAACUGGUAAAGAAGCUGAUGAUCAUCAUAGCGCGACCAGCUCGGCUGCUGGAGUGCCUGGAGUUUGAUCCUGAAGAGUUCUACCACUUGUUAGAAGCAGCAGAAGGCCAUGCCAAGGAAGGACAAGGAAUUAAGUGCGAUAUUCCUCGAUACAUUAUCAGCCAGCUGGGACUCACCAGGGAUCCCCUGGAGGAAAUGGCCCAGCUGAAUAGCUAUGACAGCCCAGACACUCCUGAGACAGAUGAUUCAGUCGAGAGCCGUGGAGCCUCCGUCCAGUCAAAGAAAACUCCAUCCGAAGAGGAGUUUGAAACUAUUAAACUGAUCAGUAAUGGUGCUUAUGGAGCGGUGUAUUUGGUGCGCCACAAGACCACCCGUCAACGUUUUGCCAUGAAGAAGAUCAACAAACAGAACCUAAUUUUGAGGAACCAGAUCCAGCAGGCAUUUGUUGAGAGAGAUAUCUUGACGUUUGCUGAGAACCCCUUUGUAGUCAGCAUGUUCUGCUCCUUUGAGACCAAGCGCCAUCUGUGCAUGGUUAUGGAGUACGUGGAAGGGGGUGACUGUGCGACACUUCUCAAGAACAUCGGUGCCCUGCCUGUUGAUAUGGCGAGGAUGUAUUUUGCUGAGACUGUUCUAGCGUUGGAGUACCUACACAAUUAUGGGAUUGUUCACCGUGACCUAAAACCUGACAAUCUCCUGAUAACUUCCAUGGGUCACAUUAAACUUACAGACUUUGGACUGUCUAAAAUUGGGUUAAUGAGUCUUACAACUAACCUUUAUGAGGGACACAUUGAAAAGGAUACCAGGGAAUUUCUGGACAAGCAGGUCUGUGGGACUCCGGAAUACAUUGCCCCAGAAGUGAUCCUCCGGCAGGGCUACGGGAAGCCGGUGGACUGGUGGGCCAUGGGAGUCAUCCUGUACGAGUUUCUGGUUGGCUGCGUUCCUUUCUUUGGUGACACACCUGAGGAGCUGUUUGGACAAGUGAUCAGUGAUGAAAUUGCCUGGCCAGAAGGUGAUGAUGCACUGCCGCCAGAUGCCCAGGACCUCAUUUCUAAGCUCCUCCGCCAGAAUCCUCUGGAAAGAAUGGGGACAGGUAGUGCCUUUGAAGUGAAACAGCAUCGGUUCUUUAAGGAUUUGGACUGGAAUGGAUUACUUCGGCAGAAAGCUGAAUUCAUCCCCCAGUUGGAGUCCGAGGAUGACACAAGCUAUUUUGACACCCGUUCUGAACGGUACCAACACCUGGAUUCAGAAGAGGAGGAGGACACUAAUGAUGAUGAUCAUGUGGAAAUUCGGCAGUUUUCCUCGUGCUCACCAAGGUUUAGCAAGGUAUACAGCAGCAUGGAGCGCCUCUCCAUCCACGAAGAGAGGAAAACUCCACCACCAACUAAACGGAGUCUGAGUGAAGAAAAGGACGACCGGCUGGACAGCCUGGGUGGCUUGAAGAGUCGGGACCGCAGCUGGGUGAUCGGGUCUCCUGAAAUACUGCGUAAGCGCCUGUCGAUGUCCGAAUCCUCGCACACAGAGAGUGACUCCAGCCCGCCCCUGACCGUGCGCCGGCGCUGCUCGGGGCUCCUGGACAUGCCCCGCUUCGCCAUCUCUGCUGAGGACGAGGGAGCCGUGCUCAAAAGGCCUCAGUCAGAGGGGAUGCUGCUGUCGGCCGUGCAGUCGCCGGUGCCCAUCCCAGAGCAGCCCGUGGAGCACGAGCUGCAGCUGGAGGGCGAUGCUGGGCCCACCACCCCCUGCAUGGCUGUCAGCAGCACCACGGCGCUGACAGCUGGGAGCACUGCAGACUUCUCUGAUCCACGCGCUCGCAGCAACAGCAACGAAGGCCCAGACUUCACCACUCCUAAAGCCAUCAGCGACUUGGCAGUGCGGCGCGCGCGGCACAGGUUGCUCUCCGGGGAAUCGGGCGAGAAACGCGCCUCCAGACCAGUCAAUAAAGUGAUUAAAUCAGCGUCUGCCACUGCCUUGUCUCUCAUGAUUCCCUCAGAUCACCACACGUGUUCCCCAUUGGCUAGUCCAAUGUCACCUCAUUCUCUAUCCUCAAACCCAUCUUCGAGGGACUCCUCACCCAGCCGCGACUUUUCUCCUGCUAUCGCAAACCUGAAACCACCAAUCAUCAUCCAUCGGGCUGGAAAGAAAUACGGUUUCACUCUGCGUGCCAUUCGCGUCUAUAUGGGUGACAGUGAUAUCUACACUGUGCAUCACAUGGUCUGGCACGUGGAGGAAGGUGGUCCAGCGAACGAAGCAGGGCUGCGUGAAGGGGAUCUGAUAACCCACGUCAAUGGGGAGCCGGUCCAUGGGCUGGUGCACACUGAAGUGGUGGAGCUGAUCCUGAAGAGUGGAAACAAAGUGUCCAUCUCCACUACGCCAUUUGAGAACACAUCCAUCAAAGUUGGGCCAGCUCGAAAGGCCAGCUACAAAUCCAAGAUGGCACGUAGGAACAAGAAGAGCAAAACUAAGGAUGGUCAGGAAAGUAAGAAGAAGAGUUCUUUGCUGAGGAAGAUCACCAAACAGGCAUCACUGCUUCACACCAGCCGUAGUUUAUCCUCACUGAACCGCUCUCUGUCCUCUGGGGAAAGUGUGCCUGGCUCUCCAACUCACAACCUGUCGCCCCGGUCACCCACACAGAGCUACAGAUCCACUCCUGAGUCUGUACAUUCAGUUGGUGGCAAUUCUUCCCAGAGCAGCUCUCCCAGUUCCAGUGUUCCCAAUUCUCCAGCCAGCUCUGGGCACAUCCGACCAAGUUCACUGCAUGGACUGGCACCAAAGCUCCAAAGGCAGUACAGAUCUCCAAGACGUAAGUCUGCAGGAAAUAUCCCUCUGUCACCACUGGCCCACACUCCAUCACCAACCCCACAGUCCACAUCACCGCAGCGCUCCCCAUCUCCUUUACCAGGACACUCGAUUGGCAGCUCCAGUAUUAUUCAGUCUUUUCCAGUAAAACUACACUCCUCUCCACCACUGGUGAGACAGAUUUCUCGCCCCAAAAGUGCUGAGCCCCCUCGAUCUCCUUUGCUGAAGAGAGUGCAGUCAGCUGAGAAACUAGCUGCCUCGCUGUCCUCUUCUGAGAAGAAGCUGACGUCCUCACGGAAGCACAGCUUGGAUAUCUCUCACUCUGAGUUCAAGAAGGAGAUGCUGCAGAGGGAUCCGAGUCUACAGAGCUUACAGGAAUCUGUGAAUGAAACAACAGGUGGCAAACUCGGGCUAGCAGAAAAAGGGAUGUUGCAGAAGCCGGGUUCCCGAAAGUUGGGUGCAAUCCGACAGGACAGAGUGGAGAGAAGGGAGUCUCUGCAGAAGCAGGAGGCCAUAAGAGAAGUAGAUUCUUCUGAAGAUGAAACAGACGAUGGUUCGGAGGAUAGUCAGGAUGGAAGAAGAUUGGACAAGCCCCCAGAGAGCGGAGACCAAGGCUCAGAUUCUUACAACGGGGAUAAUAAGUUUUCCUCUAAAUUGGAAAGCAAGGAUAGUAUGGAAGAUGAUGCCUUCCUACCUGAAGAUCCGAAAGGUACAGAAGAUUUGCAGAAAGGAAACAGUCAACAAACCAAGGCUGUUUCUGAGCUGCUGCAAGUUGGUGUGCACCCUUCCCCAUCAGAGGUCCUCCCACGAACCUCUCCAGAAAACGUAGCUGGUUCAGAAAAGCCACUCCUAAGGCCAGAAACCACUUCAGAGGAGCAUAAAUUGGUAGAAAACAAAACCUUUGAGCAUUUUGGUCCAAAAGGCAAAUCUUCUGAAGCAGUCAGAGAUCUAGGGGGAACUACCAGUACUCAAAAACCAGUGGACUGCACGGAAAGUAUAAAGUGCCCACCUGUCAAACUCCCUGACCUUGUACAGGAUGAAUCUGCAGGGGCCUCGUGUGGUAAAUUUGACCUGAAGGACCCCUUGCUGUCAGAAAUCAGUCAGAAAACCCAAGAUCCCAAACCUCUGCUAGCACUUUCAUCUUGUUGCACAGCAAGUGUGAGCUCUCCUUGCUCAGUAAGCCCUGCGGAUCGUGGUGAGAAGGACCACAAGGGCACACUUCCAUCUGCAGAACAAGACAGCACCUCAUUUCGGCAUCCUGCAAGUGAAACAUCUGAAAGAAGUCCCAGCUCAUCCCAGGCAGAGAGCGCUCCAUCUGCCAGCAAAGCGAGCCAGGGCAUGGCAGCAGGCACCGUGAGCUCCACGCUGCUCGUCCCCUGCGCUAUCGAGAAGGCACUCUCUGUGUCUCAGCUGGUGCCGCUGGCACAGAGCGUUUUGGGCCCCUUAAAGCUCAGUAUGGCUGGUUCUGGAGAGAUGGAAAAGAGAAAGGAUUUCCCCCAUUUGGGUGCCUCGUGUAAAGAAGAGAGAGAUGGGAAGCAAAAAAAGCAGGAAGCUUCACAAGCAGGAGCGUGCCAGGAGGCCAAACCAGCCAGCGCCGACGGUUUGACCACGAGGAGUGCAUCCUGCACAGAGUCACUGAGCUCAGCUAAACCUUGGGAGGCAGCGUGUCCCGUGGUGGCCAAAAAAGAGGCAGUUUCCUGCAGCACUAAAGCAUCGGAAGCACUGGCAGGUAGCAGCAAAGUGGCCCCAGCAAAGGAGCUGCCGCUUGCUCUGGGACAGGCAGCUCUGAGAGCCUCUCCUGUGCCAGAUGGCAGCAGCAGGCCCUGCAGAGAAGGGACUGUCAUGCCGGUGAGGGGCAGAGAGGUUGGAAGUCAGCUAAAAACACAAGACUUUCCCCUGUCACAUGAUGGUGCUGUAAAGAAAACAUAGCAGCAUCCCCGGUACACAUGGACUGGAGCGUUCUGCAUCCAAAAUAGAGACUGCAUGUUUGAAUUUUGUAAUAUACACUAAUAUAAAAUAGAACUUGUGUACAUCUAUUUUUGGGAGGGUUUUUUUCAUACUGUUUUUUGUGUUUUUUCAUCCUUGCUAUUCUAUUUUUGUACACAGUAAUGCUUGCUGUUUGAGGUCUCUUUAGAACAGGGUAUCGUUAAAGCAGGGCUAAAGAAACAGUUUGCUGGUUUUCCCCUCCUGCCCUUUCGUUUUGCCUUGUUGUGCUCUUCCUUCCAAUUCUGCCUUGGAGUCCCCAAAAUUCUGAACCCAAAAAAGGCAGUUUACUUCAAAAAUCUCCUGCUUUUCAGUUUUCCCAUUCAAAUUCCAUUGACGUUCCCAGGUACUGAAUUUUUUUCUUCAGAUUUACAGUCUGGUUUUCUUCAACAAGGAGAAGAAAAUACAAUCUGUCCAUGAGUUACUCUGGAGCAAGAAAUCCUCUCCAGAGCAAGAGCUCUGUCACUGUGUGCAUACAUUCAUCCUUACAGGAUAUGGAGGCAAUGGAUGGAGGAGCUGGAUGGAGAGUUAGCUCUGUCUUCUCUUUAAACCAAAUGAAAGUGUUUUAUUCUUUUUUUUUCCCCCCAAUGGAAUUAUCAGAGAGAAAUCUGUAAGCUGCUUUGGAAGGGAGAUGUUUUUAUUUAUCCUUUGCAGGACACAUGGCAACUUCUCCUUGUUUUUAACAUUUUAAUGACGUUUCACCUUCUUUUGUUUUCUGCCUUCGAUUUGUACCUUGCCCUGCCUCGGAAGAGGGACCCCAGGACAGGGCUGCCUCACUGGCUGAUUUUAAAGUAGGGAAAUUUGUAGACCAGUAUGUUUUGGGCAAAGGUAUCACGAUGAUAAAUGAGCUUUCAAGACUUUUCCUUCUCUUGAUGAGUCUCCAUAGGUUGGGAUUUAAGGUGUGCCUUGCCAUUUCUGAACUGGGGCAUAGGAAAUUUGCAGAGUUUUUCAAAUCUGCCCAUUUUAGAAAGAAAGAAACUACAAAGGAGGUCUGACUCCUUGAGUUCUGUGGACAAGCUGCAAGCAGACUUCAAGACACAUGUUCUGAUUUCAGCUUUGAUAGCUGGAUCAUUUCCACUCGGUUCCAUUAAACAUCACUCUUGGCCCUUAGGUUUAGGCAUUGCUUUGCUUUAAGCGUGACUGACUCUGGAUAACAGUGCUCUUUGCUGAGGAUUAGAUCCAUAAUUAUACACCAGUAAUGUGGACGUCGACACCUCCAGCACUGUGAGCCAUUUCCUCAUCCAAUUCAAGGUUGCUGUCACUGAACACUCCCGUCAUUUGUCCCAGAUUGUGCUCAGCUUUUACCCCAGUCGUGUCUGAGUGUAUCUGCAGAUCUAGCACCCUGCUCACUGGCUUUCUCUGUUAGAAGUUGAAUGACUGCAACAGUAUUUCAAGCUGAAGCCGGCACCUCGUGGUCUGACUUCAUCGUGCACUGCCUUCUUCUUUGUCUUGGCCUUUUCUGAGCUUGAAGUUUUGAUUCACUUUCCCUAAAUGUAAAUAUGUUUUUAUAUGGGAAUGUAUUUUCUCCAUCUCUUUCAACUUGAUUUCAGCCCAAUCCACAAAACUCUGAAAUCUCGCCCUGCUUCUUUCUGCAUAACCGUAUUUUUCCCAUCAUAUAUGAAAUUUUGGCUGCUUGGAUUUCAUUUCUGGACCAACUUUUGGUUUGGUUUGAGUUUUGUUGUUUUUUUUUAACAUUUUAAAUGAGUGUUUACUCUGUGUGUCUGUGUGAACAUGUAUGGUGUUGUUAAUACACUAGCCAAAGCCUCAGAGCUCCCACGUAACACGUGAAUAAAUCUUGCUGUGACAGUAUUGAGAGCAGAGCCUGUUCUAUCUGUUGGCUCUUUUUGCUGGAGGUGGUGGGCUGCUCGUGUGCUCUUGGUCACCGAUUACAAGGGAAAGGCAAGCUAUUGCAACCAGGGAGCUUUGCGACUCAGGUCGUUCCGAGCACCCAGCCCAGGCCCUGAGCUGGCAUAGCUCAAAUGGGCAAAAAAGCAGAUGAAAAAUGCAUCUGCUGGGCUGUGCCAGCCUGAGCAGCUCUGAAGUGGCCGUGGCAGGCCCUAGCUGUGCUUGCUGCUGUCUUUAUUCCACAGCUGCAGUGCCUGGUGGCACAGUUACCCUUACGCAUCUGAAAAGGCGUGGACCGCUUUGGUGUCACAGCUUUUGCUGCUUUAGCCCAAACCAGCCGAAGAGGAGGUGAGGGGUGCGUGUAGCCGCCUUGUUUGAGGCUGUGGUACGGAGUGAUCGAUGCGAUGGAAAAGCUACAGCCAUCCUGGUGACAGCCGGGUCCCUGCUCCCUGCCCACCCUGCAGCUCCCCUCGGUGCAGCAUUGGUCCGGUUUACAUCGAGGCACCUUAGCACAAAAGUUUGGGCAAAAAAGAUACUUCCUCUGAAACUGUGAUGGAAAAGUAAGUGGAGACAGCAAGAUUUAUUCCUUGCUACUUGCUUAAAUACCUUCUCAGACUGCAAAAUUCCCGUGCUGCAGAGGGGAGAGGUGCAGUGCCCCGAGAUGCGCAGCAGCAGGGGGUUGGCCAGGAGGGAGGCGGCAGUGUGAGCGCUGUGUGAGCGCUGUGUGAGCGCUGUGUGAGCGCUGUGUGCUGUCCGAGCCCUGCGGGCAGCCACGAGACCCGACGUUUGCUGGUUAAUUUUCCCAUUUGUUUGGUGGGUUUGGGUGUUUCCUGCCUUGCUGACUGUGGGGUUGCAGCGCAGGAGCUGCUCCCCAUCGGCACGUCAGUGUUACUCUUCCCUUUGUCUCUGACUGUUGCAAGCUAAGAGGAAUGGAUGGUAUUUAUUGUAAAUAUUAGACGUUAGCAUUGUCACGGCCACUCCUGGGUCUGAAUGUUGGAGGCCUUUGGCUGCUCGUAUCGCUGCGGGACAGAGUGGGAUGACCGUGGUUUGGCUGCCACACUUUUGCAUUAAGGUGUGAUUUGAAGUAUUUUAUCCUUUUGUUCCGUAGAGGGGAAGAUAAAGCCUUUCUCUGGUUUUCUCUUGCUGGCCUUGAAGGAUAAUGCUGUACUUCUGGUGGGAGGUUGGACAGCAGUGUGCGUUGUGUCGGUACCAUAUCAGGUGGCCGUGGGAGCACCCCAGGUGGGCCCCGCCGCGCCGCCUCGUUCAGCACUUAGAUAAGAGGAAGUGUGGAAUCUCUGUGUUCUUAGAAACUUGAACAAUUGCCACAUAAUAGCGGUGCAAUAAUUUUUAUCCAUGUUGUACCUGCAUGUCGAUGUUCAAAUCCUCCUCCAAAAUAAAUUUUUUUUUUU